AUGAUCUCUUUAAUCCCAAAGACAGGGAUCCAGAUACCUAUAAUCAUCUUUAUUUAUUCUUACUCUUAUAAUAGCCAGUCAGAGGCUCUCCGCAUCAUUACCACAAAUAAAGGUCCAAACAAGGGCCAACAUAAGGCCCCAGUAGCACCCACUCCAAUUGCGGCAGAAGAUGUCUUUAUCAUCUCCAACUUUACGGCAGGAACCCCGAAGCCACCGGGGUCGAACUAUACGAAAGCCCUCAUCGUCCCUCGAUUACGAAGAGAAAGAGUCGACUGGAUCAACAGCCUCGAGGAUAUCAAGAAGGAGAUUUAUGUCGUUGACGACCCACACUCGCUUCCUCGAAUCCCCAAGAACAAAGGCCGGGAGGCUAUGGUCUACCUAACAUACCUUAUCGACAACUAUGACAACCUGCCAGAGAUCAUGAUAUUCAUGCACGCACAUCGAGAGGCCUGGCACCACGAAGAGCCCCUCAACCGAGACGCUGCGGAGAUGGUGAAACGGCUAAGCAUGGAACGAGUAGUCAGGAAUGGCUUCAUGAACCUACGGUGUGAUUGGACACCUGGCUGUCCGGGCUGGAUACAUCCUCACACCACCCAGGAAAACUCGGAGAAGCCAGAAGAAGCCAGCGUCCUCAAGGGCUGGACAGACAUCUUCCCUUCCAUACCGAUCCCCGGUGUUAUCGGCGGCCAGUGCUGCGCCGAGUUUGCCCUCUCUCGCGAAAGAGCCCAGGCAGUCCCUCGAUCUCACCUUAUCUACUACCGUGACUGGCUGCUUCGCACGAACCUGAUCGACUACUACUCCGGCCGCGUGUGGGAGUACCUGUGGCACAUCAUAUUCACCGGACAGUACGUCUACUGCCCUGCCGAGCGAGUGUGUUUCUGUGACGGCUAUGGUCUUUGUUUCGACGACGAUAAGCCGUUUCUUGAACUCAAGCAUUUGGGAAACAUCCUCUACGGUCUGCGACUGGAGUUGGACCACUGGCGCAAGAAGGAACAGGAGGUAGCAAGCGCGAAAAAGGAGAGGAAUUUCACUGCUCUGGCCAAGAUGGAGGUCCCCAAGAUGACCAGGAAGCAGCAGAUAGAGCAGGAGAUCCAGCAGAAAAGGGCCGUUUUUGAUGAAAUGAAGAAUGCGGCAUUCGCUCGGGGACGGGAUCCUCGCGUCAGGGCUCGGAUUGCUGGUCGACCGUGGAAGGAAGGUGACGGUUUUUAA